AUGGAACCCCACAACAAUCUCAGGCUGCUCUUUAUCCUCCUCUGUCUUGUCAUCUCCAUUAACGCCACACAGCUCUCCCCCAACACUGCCCCUUCUCACCCUGAAUCACCUCAACCAUCGCCUUCAUCUUCGUCAGAACAAACCUUCAGCUACGCACAGUUCUUCCCAGCGUCGUCCUCCGACCCCGUCCCUUCCAAUGGAGGAGAGUCUGCAGCACAACACAAAGAGUCCUCUGAUGUUGGUGUAUCAUCAAAGCUCCAUUCUGUGGGUGCAGCAGAACAGAAAGAGGCCUCUGAUCCUCACUUAUUAACACAACAGCUUAAUGCUGUCAGUGCAUCACAAACCAAACAGCCCCUUGAUUUUACCUUAGUAUCAAAUAUGCCUGCUAAUCCUAAUCCAGAAGUGAAGAAAAUCUGUGACUCCACAGAUUAUCCUGCCCUCUGUCUAACCACCGUCGUUCCCCUCCUCCACGGCAAGGCCAGCGUUGAAUCCGUUCUUGAAGUGUCCGUCAAAGCCAGCGAUGAAUUCGCCAAGACCGCCCUUUCUUUGGUUAAGAAGGAGGCUGCAAAACCAGGAGCUUCACCACAACUGCUCUCCACCCUCAAGGACUGCAAGGAUGGCUACGACACCGCUGUCGAAAACUUUGAGAAGACCAUGAACGCCUUCACCACCCACGAUGUGGGGACAAUGCGGAGCAUGUUGAGCGCUGUGAUUACGUUCGUGGGGGAUUGCGAGGACGGGUUUGCAGAGAUGCAGGAGAGCUCACCACUGUCCACUUAUGCCAAGCAGUUGACCAGCAUGACAAGCAAUUGUCUGGCAAUUGCUUCUCUCAUGAACUGA